AUCUGAAAGCGAAUGAUGUGGUUCCCUGGGUCCUAGACCUUGUUUUGAACAAGCACAUUAUCAGCCCCAACCCACACGUUAGGCAGGCAGCUUGCAUCUGGCUUCUGUCAAUGGUGAAGAAGCUGAGCACACACAAAGCAAUUAAGUCUCAUCUCAAGGAUAUUCAAAGUGCAUUUGUUUCAAUUCUGUCAGACAGUGAUGAGCUCAGUCAAGAUGUUGCUUCAAAAGGUCUUGGGCUGAUAUAUGAACUAGGAAGUGAACAGGAUCAGCAAGAGCUAGUCACCACACUUGUUGAUACCCUUAUGACUGGGAAAAGAGCCAAACAUGAGAUGACUGGAGAAACCGUGGUGUUCCAGGGUGGCCUGAGCAAAACCCCAGAUGGUCAAGGCCUUUCAACCUACAAGGAGCUUUGUUCCCUGGCUAGUGAUCUCAAUCAACCAGACCUGGUGUACAAAUUCAUGAAUCUGGCCAACCACCAUGCCAUGUGGAAUUCUCGGAAGGGAGCAGCUUUUGGUUUCAACAUGAUAGCUGCCAAGGCUGGAGAGCAGCUAGCUCCUUUUUUGCCCCAGCUUCUUCCCCGUCUCUACCGUUACCAGUUUGACCCCAACCUGGGCAUCCGACAGGCGAUGACCAGCAUUUGGAACGCCUUGGUCACCGACAAGUCAAUGGUUGAUAAGUACAUGAAGGAAAUUCUUGAAGAUUUGAUCAGUAACCUAACCAGCAGUCUGUGGAGGAUCAGGGAAUCCAGCUGUCUGGCACUGAAUGACUUACUGAGAGGAAGACCUUUGGAUGACAUUAUAGACAAGCUUCCAGAGAUCUGGGAAAUCCUAUUUAGAGUACAAGAUGACAUUAAGGAGACUGUGCGGAAGGCAGCAGAACUAGCUCUGAAAACUUUAAGCAAGGUCUGUGUGAAAAUGUGUGAUCCCUCCAAAGGAGCAGCGGGUCAGAAGAUGAUAGCUGUGUUGCUCCCAUGCCUCCUAGACAAAGGAAUAGUAAGCACAGUUGCUGAAGUCCGAUCUCUCAGCAUUAACACUCUCGUGAAGAUCAGUAAAAGUGCUGGGUCUAUGCUGAAACCUCAUGCACCAAAACUUAUCCCAGCGCUGCUGGAAUCCUUGAGUGUGCUGGAGCCUCAAGUCCUCAAUUAUUUGAGUCUUACUGCGACAGAUCAGGAGAAAACUGCAAUGGACAGUGCCAGACUCAGUGCUGUCAAGUCAUCUCCCAUGAUGGAAACCAUUAACAUGAGCCUGCAGUAUUUGGAUGUGUCUGUCCUGGGUGAGCUGGUUCCUCGGCUGUGCGAACUGAUCAAAAGUGGCGUAGGCCUCGGCACGAAGGGAGGCUGUGCCAGUGUAAUCGUGUCAUUAACCACACAGUGUCCUCAGGACUUAACACCUUAUUCAGGCAAACUUAUGAGUGCUUUGCUCAGUGGGCUGACCGACCGCAACAGCGUGGUGCAGAAGUCCUUCGCCUUUGCGAUGGGGCAUCUAGUGCGGACCUCCCGGGACAGCAGCACCGAGAAGCUGCUGCACAAACUCAGCAGCUGGUACAUGGAGAAGGAAGAGCCGGUUUACAGGACAGGCUGUGCUUUAACUGUGCAUGCUAUGGGACGCUACAGCCCGGACGUAGUGAAGAACCAUGCCAAGCACAUGCUGCCGUUGGCAUUUCUUGGCAUGCAUGAGGUUCCCGAUGAAGAGAAAGGGGAGAAAGAGAAUUCCGCUCUGUGGACGGAAGUUUGGCAGGAAAAUGUUCCUGGUACCCAGGGUGGCAUCAGACUGUAUAUGCAGGAGUUGAUAACCAUCACCCAGAAGGCUCUGCAGUCCCAGUCCUGGAAGAUGAAAGCCCAGGGUGCAGCUGCCAUGGCAUCAAUUGCCAAACAGACGGGCUCCCUUGUCCCGCCGCAUCUGGGAAUAGUGCUUUCCGCGCUGCUGCAAGGCCUGCCAGGGAGAACCUGGACCGGGAAGGAGGAGCUGCUGAAGGCCAUUGCCAGCGUCGUCUCUGCUUGCAAUGUGGAGCUGCACAGGUCAGUGCCCGGCCAGCCGGCUGUCGGUGACGUUGUCCAGGCUGUCCUGAAGGAAUGUCGGAAGGAGAACCUGAAGUACAAGAUGGUGGCACUGUGCUGCGCGGCGGGGGUGCUGCAGGCCACAAAGGAAGACCGCUUCCAGGAGCUGGCAGAUAUCGUCUUUCCCAUGAUAAAGAAGAACUCUCUUGAGAGCAUGGGCACGGGUUUACCAAAGCAUGAUGAAGAGGACGAGGACAUGAGGGAGAAAGAGGUGCAGAUGGAGUCCCUGAUCUGUGCCUUCGAGACCCUGGGCAAAGCCUGGCCACGGAGCCCGGAGACACAGCGUUGCUAUCGCCAGGAAUUCUGCAAGUUGAUGUGUGACCGUCUGAAACUCAGCACGUGGAAAGUGCAGCUGGGAGUACUAAAAGCCAUGAACACCUACUUUCAAGGGCUGAUGCUGUUUGACGAGGGGCACUCGGACCCUGUGGCUUUGACGGAAAUACUGUUGGAAACCUGUUCGUCUAUCACCCAUUCUUUAGAAAACAAAAGCUACACGUCCAUAAGAACAGAAGCUUUGUCUGUGAUAGAGCUGCUGCUCACCAGACUUCAAGAAUCCCGACAGUGGGGGAGCCUGACGGCGGAGAGCAGGGAGCACCUCGUUCGUUCCCUGUCGACAAUGGCGUCGGACACCAGGCCCGAGCUGCAGGAGAAGGCGUUGAUAUUGAAGAAAACACUUGAAAACCUUGACUAA